AUCUCUUCCCUCCGCUCGCUACUAUGAGAAGCCGCCGUGUGAUGUGACAGGGAGCUGGCUGCUCGGUACGCCGAGGUCGGCCCGCCCCUCCCCGUUAUUGUCCCGGGGAUGGGCGCCUCACCUGCUCGCGGGGCUGUCAUGCCUGCCAAAUAGCGGCGGCAACAACCCUCCUCCUCCGCUGGCGGGGCAGCCCGCUCUAUCCACGGGUGUGUGUGCAUGUGAGCCCCAUGUAGCUGCGCCCUCCACCCAGAGCCACCGUGAUGGCUGAGCCUGGAAUCAGGAGACGGAGACUCAAGCUUCUGGGAUUGUGCAUCCGAACCUGCGUCCUGCAGAUCUUUGUGGUCUCAGUAUUUGGGGAAGAGAAGACCUUCAUAGUGGAGAGCUGGUUGAAGACAUAUGGCUAUUUGCUCCCUUACGAUAUUAGGAUAUCAGCUUUACAUUCAGGAAAAGCUAUGCAGUCCGCAGUUGCAACAAUGCAGCAGUUCUACGGGAUUCCGGUGACUGGAGUGCUGGACCAAAUGACUAUCGAGUGGAUGAAAAAGCCUCGCUGCGGUGUACCUGACCUUCCUCACUUAAGCCAUAAAAGACGGAACAAGAGAUAUGCACUAACAGGCCAGAAGUGGAGACAAAAGCACAUUACAUACAGCAUACAUAAUUAUACUCCUAAAGUAGGAGAACUGGACACUAGAAAAGCAAUCCGCCAGGCCUUUGAUGUGUGGCAGAAAGUGACUCCUCUUACAUUUGAAGAAAUCCCCUAUCAAGAAAUUAAAACGUCGCAUAAAGAGGCUGACAUUAUGAUAUUUUUUGCUUCUGGAUUUCAUGGAGACAGCUCUCCAUUUGAUGGGGAGGGUGGAUUUUUAGCACAUGCCUAUUUCCCUGGACCUGGAAUAGGAGGAGAUACACAUUUUGAUUCGGACGAGCCCUGGACACUGGGGAAUUCCAAUCAUGAUGGUAAUGACCUCUUUCUAGUUGCUGUUCAUGAACUCGGUCAUGCCUUGGGUUUGGAGCACUCCAACGAUCCCAGCGCCAUAAUGGCACCUUUCUACCAAUAUAUGGAAACACAUAACUUCAAGCUUCCCCAAGAUGAUUUACUGGGAAUUCAAAAAAUUUAUGGUCCCCCCGCAGAAACACUGGAGCCUACAAGACCUCUGCCUACACUUCCACCACGCAGGAUACAGUCCACAUCUGAAAGAAAGCACGAAAGACAGCCGCGGCCUCGUCCUCCAUCUGGAGAAAAGCCUUCCCAUCCGGGCAACAGGCCGAAUAUAUGUGAUGGAAACUUCAACACUGUCGCCCUUUUUCGAGGAGAAAUGUUUGUGUUUAAGGAUCGAUGGUUUUGGCGGCUUCGCAAUAACAAAGUACAGGAAGGAUAUCCAAUGCAAAUCGAACAGUUCUGGAAAGGACUCCCACCAAAAAUAGAUGCUGCUUAUGAGAGAUCAGAUGGAAAAUUUGUCUUCUUUAAAGGAGACAAGUACUGGGUAUUUAAGGAAGUAACAGCAGAACCUGGGUAUCCGCACAGUUUAGUGGAGUUGGGAAGUUGUCUCCCACGGGAAGGUAUUGACACAGCUCUGAGAUGGGAACCAGUUGGCAAAACCUACUUCUUCAAAGGGGACAGAUAUUGGAGAUACAAUGAGGAGAAGAGGACAGCUGAUCCUGGUUACCCCAAGUCUAUAACUGUUUGGAAAGGAAUCCCAGAAGCACCUCAAGGAGCAUUUGUGAGCAAAGAAGGGACUUAUACCUAUUUCUAUAAAGGAAAGGAAUACUGGAAAUUUGAUAAUCAGAAGCUUUCUGUGGAAACGGGUUACCCAAGGUCAAUAGUAAAAGACUGGAUGGGCUGCAACCAAAAAGAUGUGGACAACAGCAAAGACCGACACCUACAGCAUGACGAUGUGGAUAUUAUGGUGACAAUAAAUGAUGUGCCAAGCACCGUAAACGCCAUAGCAGUGGUAAUCCCUUGUAUAUUGUCCCUGUGCAUCCUGGUCUUGGUAUAUACUAUUUUCCAAUUUAAGAACAAAGGUGUACAACAAAACGUUACCUACUACAAACGGCCAGUACAAGAAUGGGUAUGACAGGAUCUGGAACACUUUUGUUUUCUUUAGUUUCUAUGAGGGCUAACAGGAUGCUGGGAUCCAAAGUCCACUGGUCAGACUGGAAACAGGCGUUCAAUGAUGGUGGUCCCAGUUUUACAAGCAAGGGAAGACCUUACGGUAUACAGAGAUGGCCUUACACAAUCGAGCCUCUUUCAUUCUUACUGCCUCAUACUUGUAUCUUUUCUAGUGUGCCAUUUGCUCAGUUCACUUUGUGAGCGCCGAGUAACUUGCUUGGAAUUUUCUUGAGAACAAAAAAAAAAAAAAAAAAAGAGAAUAUUACUGUAGCUGAGAACUUUUCUCAAAACCAGCUUUCUUCAUUGAAGUCAGAAACUUUCAGACUUGUUUCUUAUAUCAAUUUGAGCAGAAAGAGAUCAAGCACACAAAGGCAAAGACUUGUCACGGAAGGUCUUUAAAAACAGCUGUUCCUCCAUAUGGCUUGCCACUUAAAUGCACAAAGAGGAACUCACCAUUUUUUUUUCAUUUGUUCAAUCCCUGCUGGUCAGAUUUAUUAUUACAUAUAAAAAUUGUUAAAUAUAGGUUAUUGAAUUUGGCAUUCUCUGCCUGCAUUGAUGAAUAGUUGUUACAGUUUGAAGGGAAGAUCUCCUCAGGUUUGCUGUCUUGCUUCAACCCGAGGACAGAGUUUCAAAAACGUGUUCACCCAAUAUUUGAUAAAUGUUGUAUUCAUGUAGAGACCUAAACAGAAAACGAAAUAAAACAAAAAAAAUGUUUUUGCUGAAUGUCACAAGUGUAAGAGAACGGAUAAGUAACUAGUAAGAAUACAGUUAAAUCCCAUAACUACUCAUACUGGAAAACUGUAUUAUGUUAUUAUGGUUAUUUAUUUCAUUUUUUUUAUUGCCUGAGUUUAAAUAAUAAAUUCUAUGCUCUCUAGGCCGUUCAUUUCUUUCAUAACUUGGUUAUUAUUUCACUUAAUGCAUUUGUCUUCUAAAAUAGACACACUGGAUACAGAAGUAAAAUAAUAUUGAAAGGGGUUGUCUGGCAAAAAAAAAAAAACAGCCAGUGUACAAUAUAAAAUAAGUCAUAAUCCUUAGCGCUCCUCCUAUCCAGAUACUGUAAUUUCCCAUUAGUCUCUACUUUCUGGGCCUCCCGACACACAUCCUAUUAGUCUCUACUUCCUGAGCCCUCCCGACACACAUCCCAUUAGUCUCUACUUCCUGAGCCCUCCCGACACACAUCCCAUUAGUCUCUACUUCCUGAGCCCUCCCGACACACAUCCCAUUAGUCUCUACUUCCUGAGCCCUCCCGACACACAUCCCAUUAGUCUCUACUUCCUGAGCCCUCCCGACACACAUCCUAUUAGUCUCUACUUCCUGAGCCCUCCCUCCCGACAUCCCAUUAGUCUCUACUUCCUGAGCCCUCCCGACAAACAUCCCAUUAGUCUCUACUUCCUGAGUCCUCCUAACACACAUCCCAUUAGUCUCUACUUCCUGAGCCCUCCCGACAGACAUCCCAUUAGUCUCUACUUCCUGAGCCCUCCCGACAAAUAUCCCACUAGUCUCUACUUCCUGAGUCCUCCUAACACACAUCCCAUUAGUCUCUAGUUCCUGAGCCCUACCGACAGACAUCCCAUUAGUCUCUAGUUCCUGAGCCCUCCCAACAGAGCGGUGGCGGAUUGUGAGGUGAUUAUGACUUUUAUUAUUUUACACAGUCCUCAGAAUUUUUAUUGUAAGAAAAAAAUGUCAAUCAUCUGGACAACCCCUUUAAGCAGUUUCUCAACAUAUUGCAUUUAUACUUUGAAAAUUUAUAUUCACGAAAUGAACAUUGUGCAUGUUUAAAAAAAAAAAAACAUUAAAAUUUUUGUAUAUGCAGGUAAAUUUGAUAUCUGUAUGUACAUUUGUUCAAUAUUUUAUUUAUGUGAAAUUCUUCAUUUUGGAAAAGUACAAUUAAAGAAAAUGGAGGAAAAGUCUGAAAAUGUUGUAUCCCAAUCUGCUGCUUAAUGCACUAUGAAACCAA